UAGAGAUUAGAUAUCAGUGUUGUACUUACAAUCUAUGAUCAUAUCAGAAAUGUUAUGGUGCUGUGAUCCGCGAUUUGAUCAGUGGAAGGUUAAUUACCAAUUUUCGGCGUCCAGCACUGUACCCUGCGAUUGUUAUGCCAUUGCAUUUCGUGGUGUCUCCAGCUGCAUACCGCGUGCAGCUACGUUUAUAUAUGUAUAUAUAAAAAUCGCUGAGCAGUUCUGGAAUGGUUAAACCGUGCGUUACAUUUGAUGAUAUCAGGAAUCUCGUGCAAGAAAUUUACGGCUUAACUGUCACAAGCGCUAAGCAGCUGGAUGGCUACGAUGACGCAAAUUUCUUCAUCCAAGUGGGACAGGGAUCGGACAACGCGAAUAUACCAGCCCCUGCGCCCGAUGGAUACGUCCUGAAGAUCAGUCAUGGGAAAUUUACUUCCCAUUCUGAACAGCUAAAAGUUCAAAAUGAGUUGAUGCACUGCCUUAGCGGACAAUUAGGACCUGUCCAGGUUCCGAUACCACAAGCCACUAAGGAAUCGAAAACACUGGGAUAUGUUGACUUGCCGAUGCGUGAUGCCGGUACAACUGGCGGUACUCCUGUUACCUCAAAGCAUAUUAUCCGUUUAUAUUCCUUCAUUCCUGGCUCCAUGAUGUCGUCUGUCAAGUGCGAACCUAGCGCCGAAACUCUUAUGGACAUUGGAGUUUUAGCCGCUCGCCUGGUGCAGACGUUUUCGGGAUGCGACGGAGAUGCCAGAUUUGCCGGUGUACUGAGCACCGCCUCGUCCAUGCUGUGGUCGCUGGAGGGCAUCUGUGCCGGGUAUUUGGAGCCUCUCCUGCAAGCAGUGGACAAUCCUUUGAAGCUGGAAAUAUUUCGAGAUAUUAUUGGGAAAUUUCGACGGCAAAUGUCGGAAUCGUCACCGUUUUUAGAACGAGGGAUCAUUCAUGGAGACAUUAACGAAGGAAACGUUCUGCUGAACCGUGCAGCAGAUGGGGAAGACUGGAUGCUGAAUGGUCUUAUUGAUUUUGGUGAUUUACACCAAAGCUGUCGGAUCUUCGAACUGAUUCUGGCCAUGAUGUACAUGAUGCUGGAGUGCUUUGACAAGGGCACACUCGAUCCGAUUGAAGCGGGCGGAUAUGUUUUGGCGGGAUAUCUGUCCAUGCACGUGAUAAGUCCAGCGGAAAUCAGAAUGUUGAAAAUCGGCAUCGAAGCCCGCUGUGUACAGUCGCUCGUUAUUGGAUUGUACACGUACAAGUUUGAGCAACCAGGAAAUAUGUAUGUUCUCACCACGCAAACCAAAGGCUGGGCGGUUCUGGAGAAACUGUACGGUAUGUCGGAAAGACAUCUUUUUGGGCUCUGGGAUAAAAUUUUGUUGAAGGCGUUGGGGAGAGAGUUUUUCCACACUUCUUCGGGAACUAACCUGACCAUUUCAAAUCUUGCUAACUGACACUGUCGUUAGUAUGAAUUACAAAAUUAUUUAGUGGCAUAUUAGAAAUUAAUUCAAACGAGCUUACCGACGCUGAUGCUGGCAUUUUUGUUCCUCAGUGUUUUGAUUUGAUUUUUAGCAUUUUUGUGAUCUCAUGAUCAAGCGACGAAUAUCGUUUAUCUGGCAACGAAUAAACAAACGAAAA